GGUCUGAUUUUUCUGAUGUUUUGAACUUUUUUGCAAAGAUUCCCAAGACCAAUCUGUUCGGUUCGGGUCACCGGUUUAAUCAAACAGACCGGACCGGAGUGUGGACACCCCUGCCCUUCUAACCCAUUUCCUUACUCUCCUUCGCCCCGCCGUCUUCCUUCUCCGUUUUCUUUUUCUUCUUUGCAUUUUGGUGAAGUCCCAGAAAGAAUCGAAAAAGCUUGCGAUUAGCUCUAAAUCUUCUUUAUCAGAUACCAUUCCAAAGCUCCUCUGAAGUAGGACUACUCUCAUACUUAUCAAACAUGGGUGUCAAAGCUAAAAAACGGGACCUCAAACUAAACCACGAGGGGGAAGAAGAAGAAACUGGGAAGAAUGCACUUCCAAAAACAGGGGGUCAAGCCAAAGAGCAUAUUGAGCAAUUGCAGAGACUCCAAACUAAGGAUCCAGAGUUUUUUGAGUUUUUGAAAGAGCAUGACAAGGAGCUUCUCGAAUUUAACGAUGAGGAUAUUGAUGAGGAUGCUGAUGAUGACGCUGAAGAUGCUGAUGGUGAUGUGGAGGAUGCUGAUUUACAUGAAAAUUAUCAGAGCUACAAACCUGUUGUUUCUGAGAAGGAAGAAACACCAUCUAAGAAAGCUAUAACUACAGAAAUGGUUGAUUCUUGGUGUCAUUCAAUAGAAGAAAAUGGAAAAUUGGUUGCUCUUCGUUCUCUUAUGAAAGCUUUCAGGACUGCCUGCCAUUAUGGUGAUGACAAUGGAGAUGACAUUUCAACAAAAUUUAGUACCAUGUCUAGUACUGUUUUCAAUAAAAUUAUGCUAUUUGUAUUAAGCAAAAUGGAUGGAAUACUUAGAAAGUUUCUAAAGCUUCCUAGCACUGGUGGAAAGAAAGAGAUCAUACAAGAGCUGAUGACCACCAAAAAGUGGAAAUCAUUCAACCAUGUUGUGAAAUCAUAUCUUGGGAAUGCCCUUCACAUUCUCAACCAAAUGACGGACACCGAGAUGAUAUCGUUCACAUUAAGACGCCUCAAAUAUUCUUCUAUUUUUUUGGUUGCAUUUCCUAGCCUUCAACGAAAGUACAUAAAGGUUGCCCUUCACUUUUGGGGUACUGGCAGUGGUGCCCUCCCUGUAACCUCGUUUCUUUUUUUGAGAGAUUUGUGUAUUCGACUUGGAUCAGAUUGUCUAGAUGAAUGCUACAAAGGGAUGUAUAAAGCUUAUGUUUUGAACUGCCAAUUUGUAAAUGCAACCAAGUUACAACACAUUCAAUUUCUUGGAAAUUGUGUCAUUGAACUUUUUCGUGUUGAUCUUUCGGUAGCAUAUCAACAUGCAUUUCUUUUCAUCCGUCAAUUAGCGAUGAUCCUCAGGGAGGCAUUAAACACAAGAACUAAGGAAGCAUUUAGAAAGGUUUAUGAAUGGAAGUACAUAAACUGCCUGGAGCUUUGGACUGGUGCUGUGUGUGCUUAUGGCUCAGAAGUUGAUUUAAAGCCCCUUGCAUAUCCCUUGGCUCAGAUCAUUUCUGGAGUAGCUCGUCUUGUACCAACUGCUAGAUAUUUCCCUUUGAGGUUAAGGUGUAUUAAGAUGCUAAAUCGAGUAGCUGCUUCAAUUGGAACUUUUAUACCUGUCUCCAUGCUUCUUUUAGACAUGCUAGAAAUGAAAGAAUUAAACAGACCGCCAACAGGAGGUAUUGGCAAAGCAGUUGAUUUGCGGACUAUAUUGAAGGUAAGCAAGCCCACCCUAAAAACACGAGCUUUUCAGGAGGCAUGUGUUUUUUCAGUUAUUGAAGAGCUUGCUGUCCAUUUAUCUCAGUGGAGUUAUUCUGUCUCUUUCUUUGAGUUAUCUUUUAUCCCCGUUGUACGCCUACGUAGUUUUUCUAAAUCAACCAAAGUUCAGAGGUUUCAAAAAGAAAUAAAGCAGCUUAUUCGUCAGGUUGAGGCCAACGCAGAGUUUACAAAUGAAAGGCGUAAUUCAGUUUCCUUUUUGCCAAAUGAUCCUGUUGUAUCAUCCUUUCUUGAGGUUUGGAUUUUUUCUUUUGCCCUUUUGCGUUUCUUUAUGCUUCCAGUUCCAUUGAUAUUUAUUUCUGCUCUAGAUCAACCAUUGUUAAUGUCAAUGUUACUUGUUACCUGAAUUUGUUUUUAGGCAGUGAUUGUAUGAAUUCACUAAUUUUAAAUGCUUGUGCUAAUUCCCCCUGGAUAGUCCGCCCUUUGUAUUCUCUCUUCUUCUGCUGCCAGUUGUGCUUUUCUUAUGCUUUGUGGACGUUUAUUUGUGCUCUAGGUCUGUCAUUGUUGAUGUUGGUGCUACCUCAAAAGAAGCAUGUUGGCAAUGAUUGCAUAAAUUCUCGCAUCAUUGUGAUUCUGUUGAUUUGUUUUUUUUUAAUAUUUAUUUGUUCUUUUUUGUAUUUGAUUGUUUGUCUUCUUAUUUCAGUAUGUACGCAAUAAUGAUUGUUGCUUUAGUAUAUGCAGAGAUGCGCAAUGUUGAGUUUGUGCAUAUAUAUAACUACUUGUCAGAGGCUCACUUUUUACCUUAGGCUCAUAGCUCAACCCACCAAUUUCCAGGGAUGCUUCACCCACCAACCUAGGCCUAAGUCCGUGUUAAUUUGCAUGUUGUGUUCCUUUGCUUCUUUCUUGUGACGUAAGUUUUCUGAAUGGGGGAAUGCCAAUGUAAACAUUCCAGAGUAAUUUGUUCAGGGAAUCUUUCCGGAGUAUGAGAGGAAAUUAUCCUUCUAACUUUUUAGGUUUGAUGGUUUCUUUGUGGAACAUGGACGGCGAGCAAAAGAUUAGGAUAAAGUUAAUAUACCCUCGAGGAUAGAGUUGAUAAUGCAUGGUAUGGGUUAGAGUCUUUUUACUGGCAUUUUGGUGGUCUUUAGUUUAAUUUUCUGCACCACCAUUCCGUUGCUUUUAAUUUUCUUUUGGAAGUUGCGCAUGCCCUUUUUUGGUUUUCUUUUGUUCCGUAGUUAAUUUUGGUCUUGCAUUAGGACUAUUGAGCUAGGCUUUUCUUUUUAGUUAUCUUUUUAUUUUAUUAAAAUUCGGAUUAUAUUUUUAAAGUAUAAUCGUGCAAUUUAAUGGGUUUUAGUACCAUU